AUGGCUUCUCCGGGUGCCACCUCGAGCCCUUUGAGUAUCCUGGCUCCCAAAACGAAGACAAAGAAGAAACAUUUUGUACAGCAGAAAGUGGAGGUGUUCCGAGCCAGUGACCCUGUCCUAAGCGUCCUUAUGUGGGGAGUCAAUCACUCGGUACGUCGAUUAAAUCAAUGUUUUUGUUGAUGUUAUUAUUAUUGUGUGUGUGUUCUAACAGUGUAUCCACUGUCUGCAGAUUAAUGACCUGGUCCAGGUGCCUGUCCCCGUCAUGCUGCUUCCUGAUGACUUCAAAGCCAAUACCAAGAUCAAAGUCAACAACCAUCUCUUCAACAAGUAGGCUACUAUACUAGACUACGUACAGCACAAUCUCUGUUUGUUAAACCAGCUCCGUAAAAAAAUAGAUAUAUUGAUCCUUGCUCAAGUGGAGAGUUAACCAUGUCAUCUGAUUAUAAAUCCCCUUGUUGACUCAAUUGUUCCAAAUUUGGCACACAAUCUCUGCCAGGGCCGGCUCUAGCCUUUUGGUGGCUCUAAACACCCAUUCUGCCAUGGUGUGGAGAUACAUUUUUGCAGUUUCAAAGCUAAUUUCCUGCAAUUCUACACAUUUUGUAAGGACUUGUGCCAUGUUAAUAUGAUAUCUGAGUGAGAAUGACUAACAAAAUCAAUGGAACUCAGGGCCUCUGGGCACAUGCGCUGCGUGCCCGGUCGGUAUUCCAUCAUAAUUACUACAAGUUUUGAUAGCUAGUUAGACUAACUACCAGUCUAAAAAUGGUUUGCUGACAUGGCUAAUUGAGUGACUGUCAGUGACUGACAUAACAAGAGAAAAACUGUUGAUGCACAACAUUUAUUAUUCUACUACCCCGACUGAGUUCCUAAAAAAAACAAUAUAUAUCCGAGGACCCCCGGACUGCUUAUGUUGCUUAUGCCUGGAACCGGCCCUGAGCUCUGCCACAAACCAAUUUUCUGUUCAUGCAAUAAUUGCAUAUUAGAAGAUAGGUUUGUCUAUGUUUAUCUGAAUUUCAAAGGUGAACACUACCUAUGAAGCUGCAUUCUGUGCAGAGAUGUGAGAGGGAGUGUUUGUGGGAAACACUGACCUUAAGCAUUGUUGAGAGCUUUGCAGCCUUGCAGGUUUUGUAAGAAGGAGGAUUUACAGUAAAGUGCUCCUACUAUUCUAAAAGAGAAAGAAAUGUCCUGUGUGUGGACCAUAGCAGGGAUUGUUUAACCUCUGGGUGCAGCUCAGCUCACACAAACACUAUGAUGCUCAAUGGCUAAGUAGACAGCGCAAUUAGACUCACGAUGACAUGUCCACUGAAAGGAAUGUGAAAGGCAUCGGACACAGAGAGAACGUGUGUGUGUGUGUGUGUGUGUGUGUGUGUGUGUGUGUGUGUGUGUGUGUGUGUGUGUGUGUGUGUGUGUGUGUGUGUGUGUGUGAGACACACACACACACACACACACACACAGAUAAGUGACAGGGAUAAAUCUUUUUUUUUUUAAUCUGUAUUUCUUCUUGUAUUUCUCGAAGGCCAGAGAUUGUGUUGUUAUUGUACAGUGGGGUCCUGCAUGUUUCCUAGCAGAGACCGUAAACUAUAUAAACCUCAAUGAGAUUUAGUAGUUUUUCCAAUCCUUUAAUCUGGUCAGGAAUUCAGGCCAUGGUGAAGGAUUGCUCCCACGUUACUUUGUUUGGAUUCUUUUUAAUUUGCACAAGAAUAAGAAAGCCCUUUGAAAUAAUUUUGGAAUGAUAGGCAUAGUGGUUCAGAUAUCAUAAUAUCAAUCAGAUGUCCUCAGAAAUGCCUUCCACUAUUAUUAAUCCAAUUAAUAUUGCAAUGCUAUUUUUACAGUAGCCCUUGGACUGCAAAACCUACUCAACCAAAAUGGUUAUUGCACAAUAUAAUUUAUUUGAGCUUGUCCUCAGAUUAUUCUUCAAUACAUUAUUCACAAUAUUAAUCAGUUAUUGCGCUCAGUUGUACAAGUUGCUCAUUCUGAUCCCUGUAUUUAGUCUGUUCUCUGCUUUCCUCCCUAAGUGGUAGUACACAGCUGAAAGCACCUGGGAGAGUGAUUAGAAGCAUGGUGUUCCAUUUCUGAACAAUGAAGUGUGAAAUUCCUGCCUCAAGUAGGGAGAGGAGAGGGAAAGAGAGAGGGAGAUUAGAUUUGAGAUUUUAGUCAUUUAGCAGACGCUCUUAUCCAGAGCGAUUUACACGAGCAAUUAGGGUCAAGGGCACAUCGACAGAUUUUUCACCUAGUCGGCUCGGGGAUUAGAACCAGCAACCUUUCGGUUACUGGCACAACGCUCUUAACCACUAAGCUACCUGCCGCCCCAAAACAACACACAGAAAAGAGGCCAAAUGAUAUCCAUGUCCUCAGGGUUAAUACCAGUAGUGUGUCAGGUCAUUAAGUUGAAGUCUGGUUCUGGUGUUUCUCAUGUUUGUCGAGAAGAUGUAGAAAUAUAGUCCUAAUGUUUGUGAAUGUUGAAUUCAUAUAGGCCUAACCUUAUAAAACCCAUAGAAUUAGAAUGAGUAGAAGAGGCAUCCCCAUUCAUUCUAUUUGUUAGAUCAGUAAUCCCAAACAUUAAAAAAAGAUUAUAAAGCUGUAAUAAACAUGAUCAAUAGUUACACUUUUGAUCUCUUAUUUGUUCCUCUACAGAGAGAAUCUUCCAGGACAUUUCAAGUUCAAAGAGUAUUGUCCACAGGUGUUCCGCAAUCUCCGAGAGCGCUUUGGAAUCGAGGAUCUGGAUUAUCAGGUAUGAAUACCCACACACACACACCAACAUGGUGAGUCUUUAUAAACUCUGUGGCUUUGAUGGCCUACUAGAAAGGGAGUAGGUUUGAAUGCGGCAGUUUUAAAUUUGCAUGAGGUUGGCAUAAUAUUUGCAUGGAUCAGUUGGUAGGUAAGGUCUGUGUUCACUGCAUGUUCUCACAUAAUGGUGUCUGUUCACUUUCAUUGUCACAGGUUAUGUGGCAUGUAAUAGGGGCUCGUGUGAUUUGGGGGAGAGUUGCCAUUUAAAGGUGAUGGAAUUUUAACGGGCCGAUGCCCGUUUAAUCAGUCAUAUCCCCAUUUUCUUCUAAGAGAUGCAUCUACCAUCUGUUUUGAUGGUGUGUUAGAAAAACAUUAACUCCACAUUAAUUUACGUUUCAGUCAUGAAAACAUCUGUCAAAGUUAGAUUUUGUGGUUAAUCAUCCCUUUAUGUACAGAGAUGUAAAUGUUUUCCAUAACAAAAACAAAGGAAAAGUUUGUAGGUAUUAUUGGUGGCUGUUGCACUUCUCUUAUCCUCUAUGAUUCACAGGUUUCUCUGGCCCGCAGCCCUCCAGUGAAGGACGGGGAUGGCCAAGGAGUGGGGCUGCUGCUGACAUCAUACGACCGCACCCUGAAACUCAAACAGAUCUCCAGUGAGGAAGUGGAGGACAUGCACAACAUCCUGUCUGAAUAUCACCAGGUAACAACACUGGAACCCUAUUCCCAUCUGGCACCCUAUUCCCUUUAGUGCACAACUGUGCAACAGUGAGAGUGCAAAGCUGGUCCUGGAGACUCUGGAGAUGGAUGUUUAAGCUUUUGUUCGAACUCAGCAUUAAAGGGAUACUUCGGGAUUUUGACAAUGAGGCCCUUUAUCUACUUCCCCAGAGUCAGAUAAACUCGUGGAUACCAUUUUUAUGUCUCUGUGUCCAGUAUGAAGAAAGUUGGAUGUAGUUUUGCGAGCCAAUGCUAACUAGCAUUAGCGCAAUGACUGGAGUUCUAUGGGUAUCUGCUAGCAUGCUAUACAGCUGAUUCAAUUAGUGAUUAUUUCAAUCAUGUGUUUUAGUGCUGGGCUGGAACAAUAGCCUGCACAUCCUGUACAGUAAUCUCCUAUAAAGAUGCAGCAUCACACUUAAAUUAAAUAACGGCCCAGCAAAAUAACGGCAAUAAGCUCUUGAACACCUCACCCACAUCAUCCCUGGUUCUCCCUCUCCACCAGUACAUAGUGACGUGUCACGGCAGCACGCUGCUGCCUCAGUUUCUGGCCAUGUACCGGGUGACCGUGGAGAGUGAGGACACCUACCUCAUCGUUAUGAGGAACAUGUUCAGCCACAGGCUCAACGUUCACAGGAAGUACGACCUCAAGGUAUCGAUCAAUAACAUUAUUUUAUAAAGACCUUUUUGCAUCAGCAGUAGACACAAAGAAAGUCCUAUACACUUUUUCAGUAUAUCUUUUUUAGGUUAUUUUGAGUGCAACCACAUUUAGUUUUUCAACUAUAUUACGUAACAACAUUUAGCCCAUAUAUUCAGAUCACUCAUCACUGUUCUAGGAUGUUCCAUGUUGUGGAUAUGAGGUAUGUUAGUGGUUUGGGCUCAGGAUAAAGUUUGUCUACUUACAAUGAUGUGGUUAUAUUGUGAUUAUGCUCUCACACAGACAGACCACUAGAGGGAACACUGGUGCCAUUACCCAUUCUGUUCACAGUAGUUUUGCUCAGUUCCACCAUAGAUGUAAUUACUGGCAGUGAAGGAAAGCAACCUGGCUCUCUGCCCCGUUAGAGGAGAAUAAGGCAGCCUCACAAAGUUACACACAAACACAGGGAAACUUCAUUUACACACACUGGAACAUAGGUACAUGGGGAUGGUUCUGAAAGGUACAUAGAAAGGAAUAAUGAAUAUAAACAUAUAGGCUACAAUGACUAUAGCAGAGUAACAAAUGGGUAUGAAUGAGCUUCAACAGUGUAAUGGCAUAGAACUGAAAUACCACAAUAUGAAGGAUGGUAUAUGAUAAUACACUGCAAUGAUGAGCAAUAGCAACUAGAGCUAAGAACUGUAUAUGAUAAUAGAUAUAGUAGGCUAUUACACAGUAAUGCACAACAACAAUGACUAAUCGACCAGUAGAUGGUGAAUGCUAUUACAUUUACACUUAUGUCAUUUAGCAGACGCUCUUAUCCAGAGCGACUUACAGGAGCAAUUAGGGUUAAGUGCCUUGCUAAAGGGCACAUCGACAGAUUUUUCACCUAGUAUUACACAGUAAUACAAUGUAACCAAAGGACUUUUACAAGUAUCAAAUAGAUAGUAAAUAGGAAACAGUAAAUAGCCACUACUAAUUGCAGAUAAUACCAACAACAACAAAAAUAACAAGGAGGAACACAGCUACUUCAGCACAAACUGCAACGAUAACAACGAUAAGAACAACUUACCUUGUUUAGGCAUCCCAUACAGAGCCUUCAGAAUGUAAUCACACCCCUUGACUUUUUCCACAUUUGGUUGUGUUACAGCCUGAAUAGAAAAUGUAUUACAUAGCGAUUUUUUUUGGUCACUGGCCUACACACAAUAGCCCAUAAUGUCAGUGGAAUUAUGUUUGUAGAAAUUUUUACAAAUUAAUUAAAAAUGAAAAGCUGAAAUGUCUUGAGUCAAUAAGUAUUCAACCCCUUUGUUAUGGCAAGUCUAAAUAAGUUCAGGGGUAAAAAUGUGCAUAACAAGUCACAUAAUAUUGUCACAAAUGGCACACUAUUCCCUUUUAUAGUGCACUAAUUUUGACAGAGCUCUGAACAGGAUUAUGGCUCUAGGCAGAAGCUUUGCUUUGGCGUUUCUGAUUUAUUCUACAAUUCAAACAUUCCACCUACACCGAAAGACGUGGAUGGAAUUCUUCACUUUUAUAGUGUGAACUUCGGCCAUGAACAAAUUUACCGGCACCUGAUAUCACCUUUCCUACGGGAACAGCUGAGCCGCUCUGCGAAUGUACACAGGAAACGCCGCAGCGCAGCUGAGACCGGUGUCAACCCCAACAAGCUGCUUGUUAUUUUCAGUCUGCUACUCUGUGGCGAUGUACACCCCUGUCCUGAAACAAACACCACAAAGCAAGCUCAAAAGCUAUGCCCAAACUGCGGUAAGACCAUAAGGAAGAAUUAAAAAGCGGUGGCUUGCGACAUUUGUGAUUUGUUUGUUCACAUAAAGUGUGGAGCUAUCCAACGCUUGUCAUAUGAUGAAGCUGUAAAGUUUCAAAAUAACAUUUCGCUUGUUUGCAAUGUAUGCUGUUUAAAUAUGGUGCCGAACAUUGGGAUGCUGGACACAAGCAGGGAUGAUGAGUGCAAUCUAGAUGAGAUAGUCGAUGUAUCAGCAGUGGGCACAGAAAAUAACAUGUUUGACUGUUUCAAGCGGAGAGGACUUAACUUCAUCCAUGUGAACGCACGGAGCCUGCUGCCGAAAUUAGAGGAAUUAAAACUCCUUGCUUCUAACACACGGGCUGCAGUAGUUGCUGCGACUGAGACAUGGCUCGAUGGGUCAAUUGAGGACAACGAGGUUGAGCUACCGGGUUAUAGCAUUCAUAGAAUUGACCGAAACGGUGGUGGCGUGUGUGUUUUUACUAGGAAUUAUGUGCAUUUUAACCCUAGUUUGGAUCUGAAAAUGGAUGGUCUUGAAGCUGCAUGGGUAGAUAUACUUCUUCCUAAAUGUCAUCCUAUACUUGUUGGUGUGUGCUAUCGGCCUCCUAAGCAGAAUAAUAUAUAUGCUUUACUUGAAUCGAAUUGCUGUGAUCACAAUGUAUUUGCUGAUAGGGAAUGUAUUCUGCUUGGCGAUUUUAAUACAAAUGUGCAGUUAUCACCCAGUAAAUGCCAUGUAUAACUUUAAUCAGUUAUUUGGACUAAAACAACUGAUUGUUGAGCCAACCCGGGUGUGUAUUGACAGUAAAUCAACUUUGGAUUUGAUUAUUGUAUCAGACCAAGAGAACGUCUGUCAGUCAGGAGUCUUAAAUAUUGGUUUUAGUGAUCAUAUGGUAACCUACUGUACCCGUAAGAAAUCAAAAAUGCUACUUGAGCCAGGUAAUGACUACAUGAACGUACGGUCUAUGAAAUAAUACUCAAAGGAACAUUUUGUAGAAGUACUUGGAAUUUUGGAUUGGUCUCAUGUACUAAACUGUGAUGAUGUUGAUCAAGCUUGGUAUAUUUUUAAAGAUCUGUUUCUGUCUGCACUCGACUCUCUGGCUCCAAUUUAAACAAAAUCGAAUCAAACAGCGGUCAGGGAAAUGGAACAGGGAUUGCUACCAGGCCAAAUUCAGAACGACAAAUCUACAACAAAAUGAUGAUGGUUAUAUUAACUGUAGAAAUCAGGCAAGAAACAAAAUGGAUAAGGCCAAAUCCCAACAUUACAUAGACGCUGUUAAUGACAACUUACAUCAGCCUCGUAAACUGUGGAACAUUUUAAAGGACAUUGGCUCAAAAACUCCCCAUAAGGUAAUAUUCCUGUAGUAUUGGCCUGGAUAUUGAGGAUGUGUUAUGAUAUGACCAGGCAAAGGUUGCAAAUUAUUUGAACACAUUUUUUACCACUAUAGCCUCAUCUCUGGUUAAGAAGUUACCGACCUGCUCUGGACACUAUGGCCAGUCUUUCAUUACGAACAUUUACCAUAGCAAAGGUAUCACAAAUUAUUUGUUUGAGCUGUGCAUGGUGACAGAGGAUAAAGUUUACAAUCUACUAUGCUUAAUGACCACAAACAAAGCAACUGGGCCGGAUAACCUUCCUGCAAGAUUCAUAAAGAAUAGUGCUUGUGUCACUGCUAAAAUGAUAAUGCAUAUUGUAAACCUUAGUAGUGGUACAUUUCCCAAUGAUCUCAAAACAGCCCGGGUGGUUCCGCUCCACAAGAAGAGCAGUAAAACAAAUGUGGGAAACUACAGGCCUGUGUUGAUCCUCAGCACCUUAUCCAAAGUUGUUGAGAGAUUCGUUUUUAAUCAGCUUGAGGGAUACCUUCUCCAGCACAAACUUCUUUAUGAACUCCAAUCUGGCUUUAGAACAGCUCAUUCCACUGAUACUUGCCAUAUCCACCUUUUUUGACCACAUCAAGAAGGAAAGUGAGAAGGGGAACUAUACAGGUAUGGUCAUGUUAGACUUGCAGACAGCUUUUGACACUGUGGACCAUGAUAUUCUCCUGAUGAAACUGAAAUGCAUGGGUCUAAAUGAUUUAGCAGUGAAUUGGUUUAGGUCUUAUCUGACCAACAGAACACAAGUAUGUAAUGUUGGUGAUGUUCUGUCAGAGGCCAAAUAAAUAUCCUGUGGAGUACCGCAUGGAUAAAUUUUAGGGCCUCUAUUUCUUAUAUAUGUUAAUGAUAUGCCAGAUACAGUAAAGUGCAAGCUCCUGCUUUAUGCUGAUGACUCAGCCAUACUGGUAUCAGGGAAGGAUACAGUUUACAUAGAGGAGACCCUGAGUAAGGAAUUGCAUUUUGUUAGAGAUUGGUUGACUGACAACAAAUUGUUGCUACAUUUGGGAAAAACUGAAUCGAUUUUGUUUGGAACAAAACGUAGAUUGCUUAGGGCUGACAAGAUAAAGGUAAACUGUGCAGGCAAGGAGAUUGAAUCUAAAACAAGUGUAACUUAUCUUAGUGUGUCCCUAGAUCAAUCCCUUAAUGGAGACUUGAUUGCUGCUAAAAUUAUUUCUAAAAUGGCGAACAAAUUGAAAUGUUUAUAUCAUAACACUAGAUAUUUUAACAUCAAAGUUAAGAAACUGCUUGUCUCAACCUUGAUUCAGUGUCAUUUUGAUUAUGCCUGCUCUGCUUGGUAAAGUGGGCUAUCAAAAAAGCUGAAAAAGAGAAUGCAGGUCAUGCAAAAUAAUGUUAUCAGGUAUAUGCUGAAUGUCCCCCUAGGACCCACAUAGGGGUACAGGAGUUCCGGGAGGUGGGCUUGUUGCCUUUGGAGUCCAGAAUGGACCAACUUAAACUUAAUCAUAUGUUUGACAUCUUAAAUGAUCGUGCCCCAGGUUAUAUGAAAAACCACAUUGAUAUGGUCUUUAACCAACACAGUUACAAUACUAGAGCUAGUGUUAUGUCUUGUAAAAUCCCAAGAGUAAACAGUAUUGCAAGGAGCACAUUUUUCUAUACCGGCAUUUGUCUAUGGAAUAGCCUCCCCUUGGAGAUCAAGCAAAGAAAAAGUAGAAAUAGCUUUAAAAAGCAGGUAAAGGUUUUCAUUUGGACAAGGUUGUCUAAGUAAGAGAAACCACUCCACUGCCCCCUACUGCUGGUCAGGUGUAUUUAUUUGAAUGAUAGGGAUGAUGUGCAAUGAAUAGAUUGUUUUAAUGUGAAAUUAAUAUGGCUGAUUUUUAAGGUUAGGGAAAAGUGCAGUGAAUAUUGCCCUUUUUUAGGAUGUCAAUAUAAAUGAAUGUAUUUAUGGUUGUUUGUAAUUUUGUCUUGCCUUUUAAUCAUGAUGUGUUAUUGUUUUUACCAUCGAGGACCAUUUUGGAAACAAGCGUUUUAAUUAAUACUUUCAAGUGAUAUCCUCUGGGUCCACAUUGUACAUUUUGUUGUAUAUGUCUGUUACCCUAAAUAAAUUCAAUUCAAUGGACUCACUCUGUGUGCAAUAAUAGUGUUUAACAUGAUUUUUUAAUGACUACCUCAUCUCUUUCCCCCACACAUACAAUUAUCUUUAAGGUCCCUCAGUGGAGCAGUGAAUUUCAAACACAGAUUCAACCACAAAGACCAGGGAAGUUUUCCAGUGCCUCACAAAGAAGUGCACCCAUUGGUAGAUGGGUAAAAAAGCAGACAUUGAAUAUCCUUUUCGGCAUGGUGAAGUUAUUAGUCAAACUUUGGAUGGUGUAUCAAUACACCCAGUCACUACAAAGGCGUCCUUCCUAACUGAGUUGCCGGACAGGAAGGAAACCACUCAGGGAUUUCACCAUGAGGCCAAAGGUGACUUUAAAACAUUUUGAGUUUAAUGGCUGUGAUAGGAGAAAACUGACGAUGGAUCAACAACAUUGUAGUUACUCCACAAUACUAACGUAAUUGACAGAGUGAAAAGAAGGAAGCUUGUACAGAAUACAAAUAUUCCAAAACAUGCAUCCUGUUUGCAACAAGGCACUAAAGUAAUACUGCAAAAACUGUGGCAAAGAAAUUAACUUUUUGUCCUGAAUACAAAUUGUUAUAUUUGGGGCAAAUCCACUCUCCAUAUUUUCAAGCAUAGUGGUGGCUGCAUGUUAUGGGUAUGCUUGUAAUUGUUAAGGACUGGGGAGUUUUUCAGCAUAGAAAAGGAACAGAAUGGAGCACAGGCAAAAUCCUAGAGGAAAACCUGGUUCAGUCUGCCUUCCACCAGACAUUGGGAGAUUAAUUCACCUUUCAGCAGGACAAUAAGCUAAAACACAAGGCCAAAUUCUACAGUGGAGUUGCUUAUCAAGAAAACAGUGAAUGUUCCUGAGUAGCCAAGUUACAGUUUUGACUUAAAUCUGCUUGAACAUUAAAAAAAUUAAAUAAUGGGCAAACAUUUUACAUUUUAGUCAUUUAGCAGACGCUCUUAUCCAGAGCGACUUACAGUUAGUGAGUGCAUACAUUUUUCAUACUUGCCCCCCGUGGGAAUCAAACCCACAACCCUGGUGUUGCAAGUGCCAUGUUCUACCAACUGAGCUACAGGAGGCCAAACGUCAACAAUCCAGGUGUGGAAAGCUCUUAGAGACUUACAGCUGUAAUGGCUGCCAAAGGUGAUUUUAACAUGUAUUGAUUGAUUUCAGGGGGUUAAGUACUUAUCUAACUAUUGUAUUAGUGUUUUAUUUUUCAUAAAUGUUUUACAAAUGUUAGAAUUUUUAUUCCACUUUGACAUUACAGAUUAUUUUGUGUAAAUCGUUAACAACAAAUGACAAUUAAAAACAUUUUUGUCCCACUUUGAACACAAUAAAAUGUGGAAAAAGUUGAGGGGUGUGACUUUCUGAAGGCACUGUAACUCCCUCACUAUCUCACACUGGAAUAACACUGGCCGGGCCCAGGACGUAUUUAUACCCUUACCAGAGCGUGCAACGGAACUGUCUGACCAGUACAGGGCUAGCAAGGAGCAUCUGACCAAUCAGAGAAUGUGAGAUAAGUGUAUGGACAGAGUGUGACACGCAUGGGGAGAGUCUGAUUUGCUAGAGCCACGAGCUGGAGGUGAUUCUAAAUCUCUCACUUGAGAGGGAGAGCCAGUCUUUGCGGCGCCAGCCAGAUGUAAAUAAGUAACACACGCUGGACAAUAGUCCUACAAUGCCCUCGGCAGUAACAUUCGUAACAGGCAGGUUUUUAAACAGAAUUUGUUAUUUUAUCAGGGGUCCCUGGUGUCCCGUGAAGCAAGUUUAAAGGAAAAGGUAAGAUCAUAGCAAAAUCUCUAAAUUAUUUCUUUUCAAGAGUGAUUUGUGGGAUAUUUUGACUUUAUCAACAAAAAGCUGGCACCAUGUAGAUCUAAAUUGGUUCUCUUAUUGACUUUCUCCCUCCCCUCUUUCUCAUUGUGUUUUCAGGAGAAAGAGUUGCCCACGUACAAAGAUGUGGACUUCAGGAAUAACAUGCAGAAGGUUUAUGUGAGUGAGGAGGAGAAGGAGAGGAUCAUGGACAAGCUCAACAGAGACGUGGAGGUGAGUGUCAGAGACAUGGCACAGCAUCAGUUGCACAGUAAUACAAUAUGCAUCAGUACAGAGUGGCUGGCUGGGAGGGAUGCCCCAGUGUGUGUUGAGAGGGAGGAAAGAUGUACAGACAAAUGUGACUGAUCUUUUGUAAGUGGCUAACUGUACUGUUUGUCUUUUCUUCUGUGUGUGUGUGUCUGUCUCCCUCUGUCUCUCUCUCUCUUUCUCUCUCCAGUUUCUGGUGCGUCUGAGGAUCAUGGACUACAGCCUGCUGCUGGGGAUCCACGAUGUGGGCCGGGCGGAGGAGGAGGAGAUGGAGGAGGAGUCGUAUGAUGAUUAUGAUGCGGAGGACGAGGAGGAGGAGAACAGCCUGACUCCUGCCGCUGUUCCUGCUGUGGGCUCCUAUGGCACCUCCCCUGAGGGCAUCGCUGGCUACAUGAACUCCUUUAAACCCCUGGGGCCCGGGGAGUUUGACCCUUAUGUAGACGUCUACGCCAUUCAGAGUGCUGUGGGUGAGUCCCCAUAGAGAUCCUACAAUUCACUUCUAGAAUUAAAGUUUUCCCGACCAAGAUGACAGAUAUAUAGGCAUAUUUCUAGGAUGACAAUUUCCUUUCUAGUGUUCUAUUUAGUUUCUGUGUUCUAUUUAAUUCUGAGUCCCAACAAGUGAAUAUUGUAGCUGAACAGAACAAUGAUUCAAAGAGGAUGGUUUCUUUUUUGAUGUCUUGGAGGUUUUGUAUGGUCAUUGAUGAUCUAACUUUUGGAUACAUUGACUUAUACCAUGGCAUUGUUGAAUACUCAUUUCUGAUUGGCUUGAAGGGCAUUCUAGAGCGUGAAUUAUUUCCUUUCCUACAAUGGAUGGAUCUAAUCCUGAAUGCUGAUUGGUUAACCUCAUUCUAGCCGGUGUCUAUUCCACGAGUUACACCGGCUAAAUCUAUGACCUUAAAAUGCCAGUUUACUCUGUUUCAUCUGACUGCACAAUCCACUGUCUCAUCAGCCCAGCCAGACAAUUUAUAAACUUGAUAAUCAUUAUAAAAAGCAUCUAGACAUUAUCUCAGAUUUCUUUUAGACUAACAUUUAGUUUUCAACAACAGACAUUUGUAUAAACCUUGCUGUCUGUCUCUCCGACAUUUGCAACAUUGUUUCAAUAUUCAAGUUCGAUCUCCAGCCAUCCCAUAGUAAUGAAUGUGUCGGGAGUCGGGACAAGACAGACAGACAGGCAGGCACCGUUUCUCAGCCAGCCGAAAUCAUGGAUCAGCUGGCAUUAUUUUUAUGGAUAUAUACAAAGAAAGGUCAGUUGAAAAAAGGUAAAACGAAACGAAGUGCAGCUAGUUUGCAGUCUUUCCAGCUUCAGUUUGAAGUGAUUGUGUUAGCUGUGUUGUUGGCUAGCUCCUCUGAAUAACAGUGUCCUGACGAGAGAGCACAUUUUCUAUGCCAGGUGAAGUCGCACCUCAUUAGCUCAUUCUUAUGGCUGUAUCUAAAUAAAUGUCACUAGAAAACAGCAAUGCAAAUGCGCCUACUGUUGUUAUUCUGGCUGCACUGUUUGACGUGACUGUAAGUUAGCCGUAGUUGGCUAGCUAGCAAGCAAGGGAUAAGAACGUUGGCAGCCAGUAUGGCAAUGGAACAUUUACAACGUAUGACUGGGUCACGUCCAUAGAUAGAGAACAAAAAGACUGAACGACUGGGUCGCGUCUCUGCCAACCGAACCGAUAGAACGAACGACCAGCCGGCUUGGGUAGCAACCCUAGAUUUGUGUCGGGACUAUAUCUUGUGGAAGGAUGAAAUAGUAUGAAUAAAUAUGUCAAUCAUUAUUUGAAUAUGUUGGUAACCCGUUGUAUAAAAGUGAUAAUGCACUCGAAGCCGGUGUUUGGAGGAUAUAUUGGCACGGUUUGCCGACUUCGUCUCGGGCUUAUAAAACCUAUGCCAAUAUAUCCUCCAAACACCGGCUUCUCAGGCAUUAUCACUUAUAUAACACACGGUAUAUUAGUUCGGUAGAAUUCAAUGUUCUAUGUUUGAGCUGCUUUUGAAAGCAAAAGUCGAAUUGAAAACAUUAUUGGCCUUGUUGAAUUAGAUUUUCAUAAUAGCAAACUAGGAGUGAUGGUUCGGUUAGCUAAACUAGCAAGUCUGUUUGUUUGGUUACUAAGGCAACUACUGUCGCUAUCUAGUGAACUUGCUAGCUACUUCAGUAGAUGUUGAACACAUUUCUAGCGGCAGGGUCAUUCCUAAUAUGCAGUUACUUUUCUGUCCCCAGGAAAUAUCAGUUCUUAUUUAGUGUAAAAUGUGGAUUCCAAAAGGCUUUAAAUAUAAGGUCAGGUGUCCUUUACCUUAAAAACUCCAAAAUACGGAUCCUGAAAGGGAAUUUUAUGUAUUUUAAACACUUUUUGUCAGUGGAUGUAGGCGUUUUUGCCAUGUCUCCAGGUGUUAUUUAUCAAUUUCCACAAGAAAUAUAAGCCAUAAAAUCAUAAAAUGUUAAAAAUCUUUCAUUAUUUUAUAGUCCUAGUUAGUCUCUUUCAUCAAUAGUUUUUUUGCAUGAAUAUUGUAUUUAUUAUUAUUUUAUUUAAGAUUUUCUGUGUGUCCCUGAUAUCACUUUCCACCCUGUUAGUUUGUUGUAAUUCUCCAUUUAAGUAAACAUCCCCUUCCUACAAUGACACCACAUUCAGGAAGUGUCAUAAUUUCUUUGGUGGGAAAGCUAUGGUGCAAAACUACAAACACUCAGUUGUAUCUAUUUUUCCAUGUUUCAUGUUGUCUAUGUCCCUAACGACUGGAACGAACUGCAAAAAAACACUAAAACUGGACAGUUUUAUCUCCGUCUCUUCAUUCAAAGACUCAAUCAUGGACACUCUUACUGACAGUUGUGGCUGCUUCGCGUGAUGGAUUGUUGUCUCUACCUUCUUGCCUUUGUGUUGUUGUCUGUGCCCAAUAAUGUUUGUACCAUGUUUUGUACUGCUACCAUGUUGUGCUGUUGCCAUGUUGUGUUGCUACCAUGCUGUGUUGUCAUGUGUUGCUGCCAUGCUAUGUUGCUGUCUUAGGUCUCUCUUUAUGUAGUGUUGUGAUGUGUCUCUUGUCGUGAUGUGUGUUUUGUCCUAUACAGUAUAUAUAUUUUUUGUCCCCGUCCACGCAGGAGGCCUUUUGCCUUUUGGUAGGCCGUCAUUGUAAAUAAGAAUUUGUUCUUAACUGAAUUAAAUAAAUACAAAUAAAUAUCCACCCUGUUAGGCUAAAUUAUAGAGAACAUUAAAAAAAUAAUCGAAAUGUUAAAAUAUGUUGAUAGAAAUGUUAAGAUCCUGUUCAAGUGUUCACCAUUAUGCUAGCUCAAACUUGCUCACUCACAGAGCUAUGGCUAAUUUAGGCUCAACGUUACUGUGGGUUCCACCCUGUCAGGAUAAUGUGCCUAACAAAUUUGAAAAUGCACCCAAAAAUGUAAGUGCCUGAGCUUGACCAAUAUGUUUUUCUGAAAGUCAAAUAUCAUUUUUCUGAUAGAAUACAAAACAAAAAGGUAAAAUAAAAUUUAAAAAAUCCUAAAGUUUUGAGGUCCAAAUGGCACCGCAUUGUAGGAAUGACCCGGCAAAUGAACACAUUUCUAGCGGCAAAUGUGUUAAAUUAUAGCCAUGGUAUAAAAGGGAUAAUCAACUCUGGAAAAGAAUGCAGCUCCUUCCACGUCAUUCAUUAUUUUCCAUAGAACGCAUAGCCUCUUGUUGAUUAUCCCUUAGACACAGUGAUGAUGAAUAGUGAACUUGUGGGCACAAUGGGUACAAUCCUAACCUGAGAUACCCAUGACUUACUUACUUGAUACUGCAUCAAUGUGUCAAUGAGAGAUUUGUGUGAAAAUGUAUCAUGUGCUUCCAAAUCCAGUUAGGAUUUGUCUCGUACUGUAUUAAGCCGUAUACAGUACAGUAGCUACAUGUAUACCUCACAGUCAGUAGGGGAGUGAUGAUCAUCCAUCCACUGUGUGAUAGCCUAUUACUCACUGUCUGUCUUGCUGCUGUAGGUGCACCCCAGAGGGAAGUGUACUUCAUGGGUCUGAUUGACGUCCUGACCCACUAUGACACCAAGAAGAAAGCCGCUCGUGCUGCCAAGACCGUCAAACACGGGGUGAGUGACACACUGAUGUGUGCAUGCGUGCAAAAGAGUUGUGAGUAUACAUUCUGAACUGUACUUUAGAACCUUUUAGGGGUUAGGAAAUACCCACAUUUAUCUAUUUGUUUUCAAGAUGUCUUCACUAUCUGAAAAGUUAAAGUUCUUAUUGUUGUUGGUUUAUCAAUAUCUGUAUUUGUUUGAUAUGUUGUGUUUUUGUGAUUCCUAGUCUGGAGCAGAAAUCUCCACCGUUCACCCUGAGCAGUAUGCCAAGAGGUUCCGUGAGUUCAUUGCUAAGAUCUUUGUCUAG